AUGGAUCGCACCGGAAAACCAGCUCGCUUGAGAAGGCAUCUAAACGGGUUCGAAACGCUAAGCGGAAACACCUCUGUUCUCUCAGACAGCUCUGUUCGGAGUCCGAACGAUAAAUUAUUGACAGAUUCCGUCACCGUCACGGCAGCUUAUGACGCGAAUCGAGCCGCGUCGUCAAACGGGGGUUUAGAAGUGGAGGAGGACUGCGAAGGCUUACUGACGGGGCAAGACGAGGUAGUACACUACGAUCUGGGGGGUUGUUACCCGUCUCUGAGCCGACAGCAGAAACGGCGACCUUUAGAGAUUCAUAAACAAACCACGCGAAUGCCGCCGUCUUUGACGGCUGCCUCUGAUCCGUCUGAUAGUGUCGUGUCCCCAUGUCAUGUCUCGAGCCCUCGUGCACAGGCAGGAGAUCUGGAAGUAGAUUACGAUCCGUCCGGUCUUGCCACGUCACCGUUUCAUCGUCUCGCCGGCGUACGCGCCGCGCAGGCAGGGGUAUCUGCCGCCUUGUCGUGCUUCAGCGGCAAUUACAAUGGCGCAUCAUGCGCAUCGGCCGAGGAGCCCGACAGGGAGAUUUUUGAGUCGAAUAAGAAAUUUGGCGACUUGUCGUGCUUCAGCGGCGAUGGCAAUGGCGCAUCAUGCGCAUCCGAUGCCGAGUCGGCCGAGGAGAGCGACAGGGUUAACGGCGAGGAGGAGCCAAGAGUAGAGGGGAGGGAAGGCGCGAGUGAGAGUAUGAGAGACGAUAGGAGCGAUCUUGAUUCGUCGGAUUGGGCGGAGGAGGCGGAGCGGGCGGAGGGGGCAGAGGAGACGGGGUGGGCGGAGGGGGCGGAGUGGACGGAGGGGGCAGGGAGGGCGGAGAGGGCGGAGGGGAAUGCGUCUGGCGUUGGCGGGUACGAAUUCCGCGGAUGGGAAUACGAGGCGGAAAUGGCUAUGCUGGCGGAAUCGGUGGCGGAAGAGGGGGUUGCGGAACAGGGGAUCGCGGAAGAGGCAAAAGGGCAGCAUGUGAGGGAGUCGUGGUUGUCGAGUGUGGAGUGGUUCGUGUCGUGGCCGCUCAGACGGCUCAGCGAUCCGUGGCGCAGGCGAGUGCUGUGGGUGUGGGUGCUGGCAGCAGCGGCUAUCCUGUCGCUGGUGUUCACAGUGGCGUGGCAGCACGCGCAGGCGACUGAGAGGGACGACCUCGAGGGGCACUGCGAAGAGUGGGGGGCGUUCAUUGAAGCCAAGUUCAACAUCACGGCUGCCAACACACGCUCCAUUUCCGAUUUCAUCCGCGCUUACUACCUUGAUAACGUGAAGGAGGACUUACUUGACGUGUCCAAAUUCCAACGCUUCACUCAAGCUACUCUCGACAGCCGACCCAUGGCAUCAUUCGUGGGCUUCGUUCUGCUCAUCAACAACACGUUCGUUCGUGAUAUGGUGGAGGGAAUCUCCAACCACUGCAUCUUCGCCCCCGAGCCCAACGGCACGCUCUCCUGCCGCCCGCGUGACCUGCCCCUGUACGCACCGGUUGUCAUCUUCAACGCUCGCAAGGAGUUUAAUGCGCGCGUGAACCUCUCUGCAGUCUGCUGCAACGACCUCAUGGCAAACCCACCUUUUAACCACACAUUCCACCGGGCCAUCGACUCAGCGUCCUCCGCCAUGUCUUCGCCUUUCAUGCGCGACAACUAUCCCUACCACUUUAUUGGAGAUGUCUUCCCAGUCUACUCCAACUGCACCACCUUCGCCCUGCCCCCCUCGCCCUCCCCUCCCUCCGUCGCCAUCCCUCCGCUUGCCACUCCCGGGGUGCUUCCACGGGGGUUUGUCAUUGCGGGGUACAACUUUGCGAAUCUGCGGUCCCUUGUGGGGUUUCAGCAGCUGGUGGAGCUGAACGCGAGGGUUUAUGUGGUCGAUGGGACGAGGGGCGGGGCGUGGGAUGGUGCGAGGAACGAGGAUGGGAAGGCUGGGAAGUGGUUGCCUGCGCUGCUAUUUGAUCAUGAGGGGGUGGUGGGCGAGGAGGAGAUAGGAGCGUGGAUGAUGGAUGGGGAGGGGCAGGAGGAAGGGGGGAGAGUGCGGCGGAGGUUGCACAUGGGUGACCCGACGAGAAAGUUCUAUCUUUUUUGCGAGCACAUCGCAUACACCAAGCAGUUCGGCCCGUUCAUCUGGAUCAUCAUGGCUGUGCUCUUCCUCAGUGUCUCCACCAUCCUCCUCUGGACGAGCAUCCAACUCAUGCACGCCUUUGAGUCUGACUGUCAACAACUAGUUGCCGCCCAACAUGAGCUGCGUGCCGCCCGCUUGGUGGCCGAGGCGGCGAGCCGAGCCAAGGGCGCGUUCCUCACGACGAUGUCGCAUGAGAUCCGCACGCCCAUGAAUGGCGUUAUAGGCAUGCUGAAUCUGCUGAUGGAGACCCCUCUAGACAGGUCGCAGCAGGACUACGCAGAGAUGGCGUGCAGCAGCGGGCGGGCGCUGUGUGCGCUGAUCAACGACAUUCUCGACCUCUCCAAGAUCGAGGCCGAGAAGCUCCGCCUCGAGCGCAUUCCCCUUGAUCUUCGAGCCGAGCUUGACGACGUGCUUGCGCUGUUUGUCGAGAGUGCCCAGGAGAAGCGCUGCGUGGAGCUUGCGGCAUUUGUCGCCGAUGACGUGCCGGAAAUGCUCGUGGGGGAUCCGCUUCGGGUGAAGCAGAUCCUCAUAAACCUCAUAAGCAACGCAUUCAAGUUCACCACCAAGGGCCAUAUCUUCAUUGCUGUGCGCCUCGCAACCACCACCGACACCAACUGCAGUCUUAAGACGUCUCAAAACACCACCAACUCUGAUACCAACAGCAGCCCCGCCCCUCCGCCGCUGGUCUCCCCUUCUUCCUCCACUUCCUCAGCAUCAGCACCAGCAUCCGCUGCCUCUGCUGCAUUGAAAAGGAGGAAAGGUGCUGCUGGGGAUGAGAUCGAUGAUGGUGCUGGUGGCAACGCCUGCAUGGGUGGCAGUGUGGCCACUGCUGCUGGUGGUGUGGGUGCUAGUGGCGGCAGUAAAACCAUUUUGGAGGCACCUACUGAACCUGCAUGUCUCACACUGAGUGGCAUACCAGCCAUGAAGACGUGGUGUUCAUGGGAGGGCAUGCAGGAGCACAUGGACCUUGCUGCAGUGGGCAUGGGCAAGGCGAGCUAUACCGGGCACGGCAAUGGGUGUGGUAAUAGCGAUGGGUGUGGCGAUUUGCAUGGCGAUGGGUGUGGCGAUGGGCAUGGCGAUGGGGAGGUUGAUGGGAAUGGCAAUGAGCGUGGCCGUGGCGUCGUGGGACCCAACCAGCCCGUGCGGCUGUUGGUGGCCGUGGAAGACACAGGCACCGGCAUCCCCCGCCACGCUCGGAGGCACAUCUUCCGGCCGUACGCGCAGGCAGAGCGCAGCACAGCACGGCUGCAUGGAGGCACGGGCAUCGGGCUCUCCAUCUGCAAGGUGUGCUCUCCAUCUGCAAGGUGCGCUCUCCAUCUCCAAGGUGCGAUGUAUUGGGUGCCUGCUGUGCAAGGUGCACUGCAUCUGGACACCUGCCUUGGCCUCUUAUCUGCUAGAUGCGAUGCAUCGGGAGUGCGUCAUUGA